UUUUAUAUAUUUACUUAAUACUAGUAAUUUGAAUAACGUUUGUUUUUAACUUAUAUUGUUAUAUUACGUAAUUAAUCCAUAAAAGUUAUAUUCUGUUUAAAUUAUAACUUUUGGAGCGGCAACGAAAUGGUUGGAAUUAAGACUUUCGUGUUUGUCGAUUUAGAGACAACCGGUCUACCACGUGAAGAGUUAAACAAGACGAAAAUAACGGAAAUAAGCAUGGUGGCGGUGUUAAAGGAACACAUUUUGGAUACCAGAAAAGGUUCUAUGCCACGGGUGCAAAAUAAGCUUACGCUGUGUUUGAAUCCUGGUCGAAUGGUGUCUAUGAUCUCUACAGAGAUUACGAAGCUGUCCAACGACCUACUGGAGUACCAGCCGUACUUUGAUAAUGAAGUAUACAACAUAUUAAACAAAUUCCUCAACAUUUUGCCUAAACCGGUCUGUAUGGUUGCACAUAAUGGAUACAAUUUUGACUUCCCAAUCAUAAAAAAUCAUUUAGAUAAGUUACGAGUGCAGUUUUCAGAUGAAUUAUAUUGUGCAGAUACAUUUCACUUCUUUUACGAUAUGGACAAUCCAUUGGUUGAUGCAAAUUCAUUAAAUAGUGAUACAAUAAAUACAAGUGUAUGUGAAAAUUUACAAAAUCUUAAUACAGAAGAUGACAAUGAAAGAAAGAAAACAUGUAAUAACAUGUCUCAGGAAGUACUAAGUGAACCUAAUGGUAUAAAUGCAGGAUGUUCAUCAGACUAUGUGAAUAAUAGUGAUAUUAUUUGCACACCAAAUAAGACUGACAUAAUACUUGAUAUAAAUGACUCAGAACUUGAAGAGUAUAUGGCAUCUAUAGAUGAAACAAAGUAUAUAAAUGAGAGUACAAAUAUGCAACGCAUCAAUGAAACUACACCUAAGCAACCUAUUACAAAACAUGUAACUCAACAGAAAAGGAUAUCGAAGGCUCGUAGAAGACUUCCCUGGUCUGGGAAAAAGCCACAAAUUUCAUAUAAAUUAGCAGAUGUAUAUGAAAGAGAAUUUAAGGAGUCACCAAAUGAUUUACACAGUGCUGAAGGUGACUGCCUUACAGGGCUCAAAGUUGCAGUUGCAAAAUCAGACAAGUUUGUACAAUGGACAGAAAAGAAUUGUGUAUUAUUUUCUAAUAUAAACCCUAUGACUCCUGGAGUACGUAUUGGUGAUUAAUAUAUAUGUAACUAGCAACCGACCCUAGUUUUGUACAGGCCUAAUAUUUGUUAAUAUAUCUAUUCAGUUAAGGGUUCAUAUCAUGUUUAUAAAAACACCUUCAGAAAUAAUGAAUUAUUUGAGAAGAAAUUUGAUUACCAUAAAAAAAAAUAGUGAAUUAACCUGUUGGUUCUAUUAGAAACAUAUUAUACAUAUAGAGUAUAGGGAUAGUUAAUAAUUAAACCUUUCUAACAGAACCUGAGAUUACCCUGAACAAACAAACAUACAAAUUUUACCUUUUUAUAAUAUUAGUAUAGAUGUUCAUCAUAUUACAUAUAAUCCAGUCUUUCUUUAUCAGGGUAGAAAUGGUUAAAAAGUUACAUUUGUUUAUGUGUUUAAAAAGAUGACAGGAAGAGUGUAUGUGUGUUGGAUAUACUGUUUUCUAUAUAAUGUCAAUGAUCUGUGGUACAGAGUCAAGCCAGGUAG